AUGCAAAUAGCAGCAAUUAUCUUCUUCAUACUUUUUACAUCCAGAAUUCAAGCUUCAUACGUAGAUGAAGAGUCAUGGUUUGCUAGAAUGUUUACAGAAGAUUCAACAAUCUUCUUCGGUGUAUUAUUCCAAUCAAGUGCAAUUGGCUUAGUAUCAGUAUUUUUCCAUUGUGAUACUAUAAGUAGGGAUUGCUUUUUAAUGCAAUUUUUCGGUGAUGUUGCGCUCAUUAUUGGUUUCAUUGUUUACGUUUACCUGAAAACUAGAGCAGCUCAAGUUUACGCCGAAUAA